AUGUUUCCUACUAAAUCUCUCUUGCAAAAGAUAGAUUGUCCAGAUCAUUUGCAAGGUACUUGCAAUCGUCUCUCUUGUCCGUUUGGUCAUCGAAAAGGCAUACAAAGUAGAUCACCUUCUACUUCCAUCACUCCAAGAAACACAAGCUCGAUAGGUACAGGUAUUAAAGUGACAUCCAAGCCAAAAACAGCAAACAAUACAGGAGCGUCUCCCGUCAUUUCUGGCUCUACUACGAAAGUCAAUGGUGCGCGGAAUGCAUAUGACGCCUCCGCUCGGGCCGCAUUAAUUGAACAAAAACAUUCAAAAUCACAAUCGGAAGUCCAAUCAAUUGGACAUAACAACAACAACAACAAUACACAAAAUAGUGGUACAAACGCCAAUCAAUCAUCCAACUUGCUUAUUGCUCCAACAAUUGCACGCAAUCAUCAUCCUUCUGCUUCAAAAGUUACACUUUCUACUCGUCAAGGUUCAUUAAGAACUUAUUUCACUACUUUCACAAGCCUAUAUGCGCCUUUGGUACCUGCGAUCCCAAAAGGAAAAGAAGGUCAAGCAACAUAUCGAAUCCUCAAACGAUUCGCACAUCAAUUCGCCAGUGAAGAUGCACUGAAUUCGGAAAACAAGGUAUUCAAAACAAGCAAUACCAAUCCGAUGACAUAUCGCAAUAGCAUUCGAACCGAUCUAGUUGGCGUUGUAAGAAGAUCGAAAGAAGAUCAAGCAGCUAUACAAGAAGGACGAAAUUGCAUCGGAAGCUUGGGAAUCGUAGCCCAAAGAAAGAUCGAAAAAGUCAUGUCAGAAGACGGAAAUGAGGAAAAGGCGAAAGAUGUUGUGGAAGAGCUCUUGCAAUCUUCUCCUCUUAUCGGUACAAGUGAAGCUGUCAAAGGCAAAUUGGAAAAGAUUCAAGAUCGAAACGAGGGAUUGCUUACGAUAGAGAAGCUUGAAGAAGCAGAUCUGAUAGCAAAAUACGAGCAAUUACAGGAAUUCGAUUAUCCUUUACCCACAGCCAAAUCUUCCGAAGAUGGUGGAACACAAGUCGAUCGUACUGGAGAAGAAGCAAAAUGCGAACGAUGCGGGGUCAAUUUCAUAGUCAGUCCUUUGGAGCCAGACAGUGAAUUACGCAAGGCAUGCUGCUUUCACUGGGGAAAGAAGAGAUUUGUACGCGAAGGUAAUAAUAUGCGUGGACCUCGUAUUCCACGAUGGACGUGCUGUGAUGCAGGAUCGAAAGUAGGGUGUACGUUGGGACCGCAUGUCUUCAAAGAAGAAGAUUGGAAAACGUUGCAUCGCAGAGAAGCAUUCCUGGCUACAGAGACAGUAUUGGACUCCCAAACCGAAGCAAGCGAUCAAGGAAAGCAUGAUAUUCUGGCUUUUGACUGUGAGUUGAUCUUCACAACAGCAGGAAUGUCAUUGGCACGAAUUACCGUAUUGGAAGAGAGCGGAAAAGUGGUUUUGGAUCGGUUUGUACGUCCAAAGAGUGCCAUCUUGGAUUAUAAUACCCGAUUUUCUGGUAUUCGAGCAUCGGAUAUUCCAGCUGAAGGCACUGGCUCACUAGAAUCGGCAAGGAAGGCGUUAGGCAAUUUAAUGAAACCUGAUACCGUUCUGAUCGGCCACGGACUCGAGAACGAUUUACGUGCGAUUCGUUUAAUUCAUACAAGAAUCGUUGAUAGCGUUUUGCUAUUUCCGCAUCGUAAAGGAUUGCCAUUUCGAAUGAGUUUGCGAGAAUUAGCAUUGGUUCAUCUUAAAAGGCAUAUUCAGACUGGUGAUGAAAUCAGUGGUCACGAUGCAGAAGAGGAUGCCAGGGCGGCUUUGGAUCUGAUUCGAUUGAAGUAUAAACAGUUCAAAGAGAGUCCUUCAAGUGCUUCUAACAGUCAG